CUCCUCCUGCCUCCCACCUCGUCUUCCUCGGUGUACAAGCCUACCUAGGUACCUAGUCGUCCACUUUCACUUUUACACCACAUAAUCGUCGGACUAUGUCUUCUUUACGGGUACCAUUUACGGCCGACUCGACCGUGUUGGCUUGCUCCAUCGGCGCGAGCAUCGUCUACCUCACCAUGGUCCGCUCCCCGCCGAGCGGCCUACGCAUGAUAGUCAAAACGGCCUCGACAGCGCUGCUCUCUGCCCUGGUAUUCAUCCAAGGUGGGCCGCUUCUCUUGGCUGGAGCGCUGGCGCUAGGAUCAGUAGGCGACGCCUUUCUUGCGUGGGACGACGACACUUCUUUCCUCUAUGGGCUUGCCAACUUUUUGGUUGCCCACAUCUUCUAUAUUGUUCUGUUCUUCGGGAGGGACACCGACCGAUCCGUAUUGUUCCAGAGCUUGCUUGGAAGCUGGCGAGCCGUGGCUGCGGGACUUUUGUCCUUGUUGGUCCCCGUCAUGAUCGCUUUGUUGAUGCCGCGGCUCGAUACAGCACUCCGACUUCCAGUGGUUCUAUACUCGUUUACCAUUUUUGUCAUGGUCCUUACCGCUCUCACGUCAAACAGCGGCCAGGUCAUUUCCGGCAGCCUCAUGUUUUCAACCUCAGAUGCCAUCCUUGCAGCAGAUCGGUUUUUGGUUCCCAGUCCCUCGACGCACCGCGCCUGGAUGCAACAUGCCGUCUGGGUCCUCUAUUAUUCCGGUCAGUUGCUCAUCGCCCUGGGAGUCCUGGUCCCUGGUACGGUAUUGUGAGCGGCAAGAGAGGGAGCAAGACCGGCCCGGGG